ACAGAGUUGUGUGCUGGCAGGAGGAAACUGAUCGUGGCACAACAGAGAUGUAGUGUAGAGUGUAUUGGGACUCCGUGGUGGCCAGCCGUCUGUCACUUUUACCGGGGAUCAUUUGUCUGACGUUACCGAGGAAUGGGAAGGACCGGGAUCUAUUUUGUUGCACAGUUAACGUUACAAUGCAUGGAUCUGUCGCGUAAUGCGACCGAGGAGAGCUGCCUCUGAGGGGAGAUAUUUAUGUUUCGGGACGGUUUUGUUGGAGUAGCUAGUUGCUAGCGCUGGGCUAGCGACUGUGCCGACUACUUCGUACUGUAUUUGUUAAGGAUGCUCCGGUGGAUACGACAGCAGCUGGGCUUUGAACCCCCUCAUCAGAGCGACACCAGGACGGUCUAUGUGGCCAAUCGUUUCCCCGAGCAUGGCCACUACGUACCGCAGCGCUUUGCUGACAACAGAAUCAUCUCCUCCAAGUACACAAUUUGGAAUUUUGUCCCGAAGAAUCUGUUUGAGCAGUUCAGAAGGAUAGCCAACUUCUACUUUCUCAUUAUCUUCCUUGUACAGUUAAUGAUAGACACCCCUACUUCCCCAGUCACCAGCGGCCUGCCUCUCUUCUUUGUGAUCACAGUUACCGCCAUAAAACAGGGCUACGAGGAUUGGCUGAGACACAAAGCAGACAACGAGGUGAACGGGGCUCCGGUGUUUGUGGUUCGCAGUGGAAGUCUCGUACAGACGAAAUCCAAGAACAUCCGGGUGGGGGACAUUGUUCGUGUGGCUAAAGAUGAGACGUUCCCAGCUGACCUGGCGUUGCUGUCGUCGGAUCGUGCGGAUGGCACCUGUCACGUCACCACAGCCAGCCUUGAUGGAGAAACCAACCUUAAGACUAACUACUCUGUGGCGGAGACGGCAGAGUGUCAGUCGGUGUCACAACUGGAGGCUCUGCAGGCUGUGGUGGAGUGUCAACAACCGGAUGCUGACCUGUACAGGUUUGUCGGUCGGAUUACGGUGACUCAACAUGGAGAGGAGAUAGUCAGGUCGCUGGGUCAGGAGAAUCUGCUGCUGAGAGGAGCCAGGCUGAAAAACACCAAAGAGAUUUUUGGUGUGGCAAUUUACACAGGGAUGGAGUCCAAGAUGGCCCUCAACUAUAAGUGCAAGUCCCAGAAACGCUCUGCAGUAGAGAAGUCCAUGAAUACCUUCCUCAUCAUCUACCUGGGCAUCUUACUGUUUGAGGCCAUCCUCAGCACCAUCUUGAAGUAUGCCUGGCAGGCUGAAGACAAAUGGGACGAGCCUUUCUACAACCAAAAGACUGAACAAGAGAGAAACAGCAGUCCGAUCUUGAAGUUCAUCUCAGACUUCUUGGCAUUUCUGGUCCUCUAUAACUUCAUCAUCCCCAUCUCGCUCUACGUUACUGUGGAGAUGCAGAAGUUCCUGGGUUCCUUUUUCAUUGGCUGGGAUUUAGACCUUUACCACGAGGAGAGCGACCAGAAAGCCCAGGUCAACACCUCUGACCUCAAUGAGGAGCUGGGACAGGUGGAGUACGUCUUUACAGAUAAGACGGGCACGCUAACGGAAAACGAGAUGCAGUUCCGUGAGUGUUCAAUUAGCGGAGUCAAGUACCGGGAAGUUAAUGGCAAACUGGUACCAGAGGGAAUGUCUGACGACUCACCAGACGGUUCUACGCCUCACCUGAUUGGUGAUGAAUUGUUAUUUCUCCAGGCGGUGUCAUUGUGUCACACAGUUCAGAUCAGCUACGACCAGCCUGACUGCCCGGUUGGGGGAGGAGACCCAUUCUCCCAUGCAAACGGUUUCUCUUCCAAUCACAUGGAAUAUUACGCCUCUUCACCGGACGAGAAGGCUUUAGUAGAGGCAGCAAAGAGGAUCGGAGUGGCCUUCACUCGCUGCAGUGGAGAUACUCUGGAGAUCAAGACAUUUGGCAAGUCAGAGAAAUAUAAACUGCUCCAUGUGUUAGAGUUUGAUGCUGACCGCAGGAGGAUGAGCGUCAUUCUGCAGACUCCAUCAGGUGGCAAAGUGCUGUUCACCAAGGGCGCAGAGUCGGCCAUCUUGCCUUUCACUACCAGCGGUGAGAUAGAAAAGACGAGAGUGCACGUUGACGAGUUUGCUAUGAAAGGUCUGCGGACCUUGGUUGUUGCGUGUCGCCACUUCAGCCCAGAGGAAUACAUCGAUGUGGACAAGCAUCUGAACGCUGCCCACACCGCGCUGCAGCAGAGGGAGGAGAAACUGCAAGAGGCAUUCAACUACAUUGAGAGAGACCUGGAGCUGCUGGGAGCAACCGGGGUUGAGGACAAACUCCAAGACAAAGUCCAGGAGACCAUUGAGGCUCUACGGCUGGCAGGGAUCAAAGUAUGGGUGCUGACGGGGGACAAACAUGAGACGGCGGUGAGCGUCAGCCUGUCCUGUGGCCACUUUCACCGAAGCAUGAACAUCCUGGAGCUUCUGCAGCAGCGUUCUGAUAACGAGUGUGCUGAGCAGCUCCGCAUACUGGCCAGGAGGAUAGAGGAGGACCAUGUCAUACAGCACGGCUUAGUCGUGGAUGGGGCCAGUCUGUCUUUAGCCUUGAGGGAACACGAGAAGCUCUUUAUGGAAGUGUGUAAAAACUGUUCAGCUGUGCUGUGCUGCCGCAUGGCCCCGUUGCAGAAAGCUAAGGUGGUGCGUCUUUUUAAAACCUCCCCAGAGAAACCCAUCACUCUAGCGAUUGGGGAUGGAGCAAAUGAUGUCAGUAUGAUACAGGAGGCUCAUGUGGGCAUAGGUAUCAUGGGAAAGGAGGGUCGUCAAGCUGUGAGAAACAGUGACUAUGCAAUUGCCAGGUUUAGGUUCCUGGCGAAACUUUUGCUGGUCCAUGGUCACUUCUACUACAUUCGAAUAGCUACGCUUGUACAGUACUUUUUCUACAAGAAUGUGUGUUUUAUCACGCCACAGUUUUUAUACCAGUUCUUCUGUCUGUUUUCACAACAAACUCUGUAUGACAGUGUUUAUCUGACGCUGUACAACAUCUGCUUCACCUCGCUGCCCAUCCUGGUGUACAGUCUAUUUGAACAGCUGGUCCAUCCGCACGUACUGCAGAACAAACCUGGCCUGUACCGGGACAUCAGCAAGAAUUCUCUGCUGUCUUUCCGGACGUUCCUGUACUGGACUUUGUUGGGCUUCUGUCACGCCUUCAUCUUCUUCUUCGGAUCCUACAUACUGAUGGGAGAGGACACCACGCUUAUGGGCAAUGGACAGAUCUUGCGAGCUAACAGGCAGCUGAUGUUUGGGAACUGGACAUUUGGAACACUGGUGUUUACUGUCAUGGUCAUCACAGUUACAUUGAAGCUCGCUUUAGAGACUCAUUUCUGGACGUGGAUGAACCAUUUUGUGACGUGGGGUUCGAUCGCCUUCUACUUCAUCUUCUCUCUCUUCUACGGAGGCAUCAUCUGGCCGUUCCUCCACACCCAGGACAUGUACUUUGUAUUCGUACAGCUGCUGUCCAGCGGUUCAGCCUGGUUUGCAAUCAUCAUCAUCAUCAUAACUUGCCUCUUUCCUGAUGUGGUGAAGAAGGUCUUCUAUCGACAUCUGCAGCCCACCAGCACACAGACGAGUCAGUCUCUAUCAGCCCCCCAGACGCAGACCCUCAGCUGUGUGGAGUCCCUGUGCUGCUACCAACAUGGGCAGAGCGGCUGUUCCCGCCUGGCCAGCCUCCUGGAGCAAAUAAGCGGGCGGUGCCAGCCCAGCGGCAAACAUUGCCCCGCCUCCAGCCGCAGCAACAGGUGGGGAAGACGACGGCAAGGAACAAUGAUUAUGAAUCCCAAUGCACCCGCACCGCCUCUUGGUGUCAAAAAAUUUGGGCUGCAGUCCUGACUGUUGUAUCUCAUAACGUGGCUACGACUGUACUGUAAGACUUUCUUGUUCAGAUCUGUUGCAGGGUGUGCAUGCAGUAGUGGGGGGGCGGGUUUCAGACGGUCAAAGUGACUGGUUUUAAGGUGUGGAAGAACAACAAAAACAACCGAGCAAGAGCUAGGAGUUGAAGAUGUGUGGAUCAAGCCGUUAUUAACUGCACUAUUGAGUUUCUUAUUUCCAUCAAAGUCUGUGUUGGGAGAGUCUGGAGCCUAAACAUUUAGAUUAAGCCGACUGAAGGAUGUGCUUAAUCUCAUAUCUACAGUCGUGUACUAUCAGAAAUAUAUCCGUACACCUUGUAACCUUGAGUAGAUUUUAAUGGCUAUGCCUUCUAGUUAGCAUGCACUGCAAUGGAUGUGCGACAGGCUUGUCGGAGAGGAUUUCUAUUGAGCCCUUUCAAUGGAGACUCGCUGCAAUACACAGGCACCCAACAGGUCUCAAUAUUACACUACGUAACCUGUCUCGUGUGUUUAGCCCCUUCAUUUGGGGCAUGGCUGUCUGUAAGCCCAUGUGUCUAUCUCUUUGUCGUCUAUGCUAUGAUCUGUUGUUCUGUCUGUCUCCUCUUUUUCUAUUUGAUACUUCCUAAAAUCUAUUUGAUGUCCUAAUUAGCCAGUUUUCAAGGAGCACUGCCUGCUCUGUAAUGCACUUUAACAGACGACACCGAUGUCGAUUCAUCAUGUUGACUCGUUGGCUUUAGGUUGAUCCCCAGAUUGUCCCGUAGGUCUUGUUGUUUAUUGGAGGUCUGCUCCACUUGAGGUAAGGCCACAUCACGGCUAGUUGAGCGGCAUACGAUCAGAGCACCAAAUGUGGGCGUGUACGUCUCUAGUAUUAACCAAAGACUGAAGAGACGGGGUGAGAUUUAUUACACAUGGUGUCACUUUAUUGCACAAAGUGAGCUCUCAAUAAGUGCAGAUAAAACACAGCUCCACCUUGUGAUAAAGGAUAAAAAAAAACAGGGGUCUGCCUACUGCAGUUUUAAAGACGAGUGGACUGAGUUCACAGUUUUCUGGGCUGCCCAAUCUGCAGUUUCCGUAUUAUUGUGUCUUUUUUGCCUGACUCCCAGUGACUCAGUGGCGUCGUCGAUUAAUUGACCCGAUCGGGCCUUUCUGCUGAGUGAUCAACACUCCCCAAAACAGCUUGGGACUCUCAGUAUUGAUUACAUCAAUAAUGAAGAUGCAGCAUUCUUGGUCUUUGUGUGUGCAGUGGGUCUUGCGCAGAUGUGUGUUCACUCGAGACUGUGUGGUUGUAAAGGUAAUAAUGACAGCAUGCAGGUCAAAUAAGGGAUGCUCCCAGUUGCUCCUACAUUUGAAUAUGUGUUCCCUUCAUUAGUCAUUAGACGGAGGGGAGUGGGGUAUGCUCCAUGAAAUGAUCUAUUUCAGGGUCACGUCACUGAAAGAAAGCAAACUAGUCUGUUCGCUCCAGGGUCAAAUUGACACUAGAUGCAUGAUUCAAUCUGGAUUAAUUUCUUCCUGUUGGAAUGAUUGAUCUGUUUUCUGACCUUGGCACGAAGCAGCCAAUUGAAUCUGUUCCAACUGAGCUGAGAGCAGUUUGUACUCCCAGAAGGAUAAACGAUGAACAGCAGUAAAAUGCUUUGCUUGGGUGUUUUUUACUGUAACUUUAGAAAGUGACGCAAUCAACAAAUAUAAUUGGGGCUGAAUUUAAAGGUUUGAAUUGUAUUCUUUGUUCCUCCUUCCCUUACUAUCAACUCUCCUUUCCUUCUCCCUCGUCCCCUUCUCACCCCUCCUUUGCUUUUCACAUCCAUUCUUCUUUACCUUCUGGGUUUGAGGAAAUAAAGCAUAAAACCACAAAGAAUCAAUGAAAGACUCCGCCCACACUAGGCCUUAAUGCUAGGAUACUGCCAUCGGGGAAAGGGAAUGUAUUCACUCAGUCCUCUAUCACAUAAUUAAUCACUGGAUGGGACAUAUUUAAGUGUAUUUACAAGCUUAUAUAACACAUAAUGUAUUUAACUGUUAUAUAUUGGAAGCCCAACUGUAGCUGGCUGCUGAAUGCUGACCACAGCUGAAUUUUGGCUCGGGGCAAGAAAAGCCGCAUCGUACUCACACGUGUGUCAGGAGUCAGAAAGACGAGAUACGUAAGCGUGUGAAGUUGUCAAAUUCCGGCAGCUGCGUCUCCAUCCAAAUGUCAAACAGAUUUUUCACUGACCUUCAGAUAGUUGAAAGUAAAGAAAAGCACUUGGUAGUAUUUGGAUAUAAUUAGACGGCAAAGUGUACAAAACCACUGAGCUGUUGAAUUAUCCUACAGGAUUAUUUAGUUAACAAACUCUUCAAGUCUGUUUUAAAAGCAGUUCAUUGAACCUCGGACACUCAAAUAAGUGUUGCAAAAUCUGUUCCUCUUCUCUAACUUAAUGCUUUAUAAUUAGAAAAACCAAUCCUUGGGUAGAAACUCAGCUGCUGUCUGACCUCCCUUGCUCCUCUUCUCCAAGAACAAGGGGGACCCUAAACCAGAGAGGCUGCUGGGAAAUGUAGUCUCAGUCUUUUUGUUUUUGCUACUUACUGUGUAUCUGUUAGUCUUUUCUACUGGAUCCUGAAGCCUUAUAUGGGCUUCUGAGAAGAGGCCAACUUUGGGGCGUGCUCGUUUUCUAACCAGGGGUGUUCCAGAGGGGUGGAGUUUACCUAAAUUUCAAGACAUAACUCCACCUAUCUCGUCCACUUCGGGCUACAGAACAAGAAUUCCCAAACUGUCUUGUUGCAUGGGGGCUGCUGUUGCCUUUGGUACUUUGUGUACAAUGUAAACUUGUAUGUGUUUGUGCCCUCUCUCACACUCCUCCUCUUGCACUUUGUUUCUGUGUCCUUCUGUGUCUGAAAUCUGCAUCACGUUGUGCAAACUUCCAAAAUGAAUUAUUCAUGUGCUGUUAACAGCGAGCUUCGUCAGAAAACUGCCUGUUCUGUUCUUUUCUUGGGUUCCUGUUCCCACCGGCUCAUCCAGAAGUGUUAACGUCCUCUUUGUUAUGCCGUAAUCCGGGGAGCAAAAAAAAAAAAAAAUAGUUUUAAACACUUAGAUGUUUCAGUUUGACCCCGGCCCUGGUAAACAGCCGAGCUGCUGAUGUAGCAUGUGAGUGUGCCUCCAGUCAAACCACCGUUUGAGUCAUCGUGUCUUAAAACGGUUGUCUUCGUCUCUGAGAGCAGCGGUAAAUUAAAGGUCACGUGAAUUCUUCAGCUGACAUUUAGAAAUCACAACGUAUGUGACGAUGCUGAUGGAGAGGGUGCAGCCUUCCUCUUGUCACAUUCAGCUACAAAACACUGUUCAGCUGUUCAGGCUCGACUCGUACAGGCAUGUGAGGAUCAGGUGUAGCAGCCAGAAUGGAGGCUCUUUUUGAACAGGUCUCUCUGCUGGUGCUCUUAACAUAGAAGCUCUGAUCAUUGGUUUCGGUUCUACUUUGAUGUGAGUCGGCAUGCUGGUGGUUGGCUGGUUGUGACCGUUACGUGCUGUCACUGGCAGUUUAGUUGGAGAAUGUUUUGAGUGGUCUAGGAACGGAUGAGAUUGUGCACUAGUUGUGUCUUUGUGAGACAUUUCCAACGGAGAUCCAGCUUGUUAAGCUAAUAACAGAAAGGGGCCGUGGCUCUGUCGUGUCUCUAAAUAACUAAUAAGCAAAUAUGUUUAAUAUUGAGGAAGAUAGUAUUUUUCUAGAUAUCUUAACUGAACUUAGGGAAGUAUAUUUUACCAGCAGAGAAUCAGAUACUAGUCCUGUUUCUCUCGGGAGUGGAUAUAUGAGAGAAGAAUGUUGUUGAUGCUUGUUUGUCAUGAUUUAUUUCUCUUCAUGGUGAUUGUUUUAUAUAUAGUCGAGUAGCUCAAGUUUCACCUCAACUCCUCUAAGAACAAACCAGAGACAGGUUCAGAAAACAAAGCCGGGUUUAAACGCGUACGAUACAAAGAGCUUUAAUUUGUGUGUUAAGAAGCAGCCGCAGCAAGAACUUUUACCAAUAUGUUUACAGUGUUGGAGACAUAUAGUAGCUUAGGGCUAGUCAGCGGUCUCUGAACAUAUGAACUCUAAAUCUUGAGACUGUCUCAGCCUUUAUAACCUUUGCAUCAUUUGCAUUUAAAAGCACUGUAAGGAUGAAGUUUUAAAGUGUAAAAAUGUACGGUCUUAGUCCAGUAAUUGGUGACCUUGUUUAUUUUUAUAGAGCACUGACAUGUCAAUUGCUGACUCAAAAACAUACUUUCUUUAAAUAGUAUUCUCUACCCUGAUAGACUUGGAUUAGUGUGAGUUAAUGAGGUGAAACUUUGGAUGCUCAUCACUAACAACUUCACACCCUUUACUAACUCUUCACUCUUCCAUCCCUCGCUCCUCUCUGCUUCUUCCAGCCUGGUUCUGUAGAUUCAAAUCGCAAACCUCUGGACAACACACACACACACACACACACUCCGUCGGUCACCUAAUUCUCAGUCCCUGCUGCCUGUUUUCAGGUCGUGGAGCGACAUGGAGAACCUCUACUCCAACGAUUGCAGCAUCCUGACGCUGUCGCCCACCGAGGCCACCAACUGCUGACUCCCACGGC